AUGUACCACAAUCGUAUCCAUAGCCAGCCUAAGCAUACAUCAAGCUUAAACACUACGCCUGAGGAGCGGUCAGCAACAAGGCUGCUCCAUCCUCCCGCGGGGAGCGAGCGCGGUGCCGCUGCCCCGGCAGAGCCGCCUCACCCCUGCGCGCUCCGGGGAUGCGGCUUUUCCCGUGAGCGGCCCCGGCGCUCCCGCAGCGCCAGCGCGGAGCCAGAGCCCAGCGCGGCGCCGGGGCGGCCCCCGGCAGCGCCCCGCCUUUGCCCGCCGAGAGCCGCGCCCCGCGGAGAGCCGCGCACUGGGGCGCCGCCGCCCCGCUCCGCUCCGCGCCGCCAGCGGGCACGGGGAGCAGCACGGGGAGCAGCACGGGGAGCAGCACGGGGAGCAGCACGGGGAGCAGCACGGGGAGCAGCGGCCGCCCGCGGCGGUGGCAGCGCGGCCGGGCAGGGCGGGCAGAGCGCCGCUCCGCGCCGACCCAGCGCAGACCCACCGCGCCCGGCGCGCCGCAACCGCGGGCGAACGAGACCCCCUAUGGGCGAGCAGGGAGCCGGUGCCUCAACCCCGAGCGCGGCUCCGCACAAGGCAUCGCUGCUGGGCGACAGCGCCAGCUCCGGCUCCGGCUCCAGCUCCCCGCGCCCGCUCCGCCAGCCCCGCACGGUGCCCGCACGGUACCCGCACGCAUCGCCCCGCAGCCAGGCAGCCGCCCGCCGGUACCCUCCGCACAGCGCGCACGGAGCCGCACGUACUCACCCCGUGUCAUCCACAAAAAACGCUCCGGGAGCGCCCGGCGGCUCCCGCUCCGGCGGGGCACGGCACCCCCGGGCGCGCCCCUCGCCGCCCCCCGCGGAAAGCGAAGUUCGGGCGCCCGCGGCGCCGCUCCCGCCUCCCCGGCAAACUUACCGAGCGCGGCCACCGGCUGAACUUUCAGCAGCGCCCCGGCGCAGCCCCGCCGACGGCUUCGCCCAUCACCUUUAG